GAAAAAAUCACAGAACGAAGAAAACCGACCGCCAUUGCUUACAAAGAAGGCGGACAUAAUGAUUCCCGCUUCAUUUUGAUUGGUUGUUAAGCUGAAGGGCACAUUUACGAAUUUGAGUUGCGUUUAAUUGCAGCCUGGCUAAACUCAAAUCAAAUCUAAAAUGGUCUUGAUUUGACCGCUUCUGCAAAACUUGACUAACUAUCGAGGUGACGCGCCAAUCACUUUACAACAGUUUGACCUUGAAGUGCUCAGCGACCUCCAUCAGUGGACGAGACCCCUGAAGCGUUGCCCCUCACAUCAAUCCUCAAAUGAAUCUAGCAUAUCUUGACGGUUAGUUUUCCUAAAUCUUCGUUUUAAACUGUUCAUGUGAAAAGCAUUCUCUGUAAGUUCUCAAGACAAAAUAAAGUCAGUAUUUGUAUCGUUUCGAAAAGGGCAGUGAUUUUUGUACUUAUUGUGAUUAUCCUUGGUUUGUGUACUUGUUGCAUCGUAAAGCAUUCUUGGUCUAGCUUAACUAUAAGAACUUUCGGUUAAGAGGAUUACAGUCAAACAAACAAUGUCUCUGGUGAUUCACUUAUCAAAAUGAGAGCACAAUGGACUGAAGAAUUAAAGCAAGUCGAAGAUGAAAUUCAAACACUGCGACAAGUCUUAUUAUCUAAAUUUCGUCGGCAGCAGUUUUUAAAGCGCCAGCUUGGUAUAACACCAAUUGAGGAACUAAAAAGUGAGGUUAAACAAGGUCUAGAUACUUUGCGAACCAGUGAUGCAUAUCUUAAAACAUCAGCUGUUGUAAAAACUGCUAAGGAUAAGACAUCAGCUGCAUUAUUUGAGAAAUGGAAUUUAUUACGACAAACUAAUACAUACAAAUCCUUGGAGAAUAAAGUGGGUUCAGCGUGUCUCAAUGUUUACGGCAAAUUGACGCGUUCUAAAACAUUAUCAAGUGGUACUGAACAAAUCAGUAAUUCUGAAAACACUACUAAUACUACUUUUGCAACAGCAGAAAUCACAACGAAAUCGUGUAAUUUAAGGACAAAUAAUAAUAAUUCAGUUCCUCAAUCAGUAUCAGUUAUAUCAUCAUUAUCAACGUCGUCGUCGUUCAAUCCCAAUGAUUCGAAUGGUAAUAAUUACGAUGAGAAUAAUAUCGAAAUAAAUGAAAAUGAUUCUAUACAUUUUGAUCAAUUACUCAACGACGAUAUAUUAUUACAUUCAAAUAGAAUAGAUAAUAAGAAAUAA